GGAGACAGGCCAUAAAACAUCAAAUUUUACACGCAUACCACACAUAUAUAUAUCACAAAAUUUGCAAGUGAAAACAUAACAAAGAUCCGCAACUCAAUAGCAAAACUUCUCAAUGGAUUUUCAGUUUGACGAGUUGGAAUACGAGGAUGAUGUUUUCUACAGUGAGCUAAGGAAACAAGUCUUGCAACUCACAGCAGACGACGACCAUGAUGUUCAAGAACACAAAAUCAAGAAUUCGAACGCAGUGGCAGCCCAGAAACAGGGCCGUCGUGGAUAUUACGACUGGCUCCGGCAUAAGGAGGAGGUUGCAGCGCGUGCGUUGAUCAUGAAUGCGUCGAGAACUGGAAACGGGACUGGUGUGUUCAUCCCACAAAUUGUGCAGUCAAGGAGGAAGAACAGAUCAAGAAGGAAGAGGAACGAAAGAGGACAAACAAACAAGGGCGUUGAGAAAACUGAAGAUUAGGAAAAUAUUUUUGUGAUUCUUUUAUUAAAGGAUAUGUAAAUAUGAAUGAAUAAAGUCUGAUGAUCUUGGGAAAUAUAUCCAGAAUCUUUUCUCUAAAUAAAUGAUGGUUUGAGAUCA